ACUUGUUCAGUGAAUAUGACAAACUUGAAAACGGUUAUCAUAAUUUUCACUUUAAUCUCCGCAAUUUCAGUCAACUUCUCGAGCGGUGGGCGUCGUAAAAGUCGUCCUCCUGUGCAACCGCGCAUAUAUCACGGUCGUUCGGCAGCGAAAGGACAGUUUCCCUAUCAGGUAUUGUUGCAUAUUGAAGAUGAAGCGCACGAGCAUAUUUACGCCUGUGGGGGAUCAAUAAUAUCGCGAGAUCACAUUUUGACUGCAGCACAUUGUAUAGUCCACGCGAAAACGCCUGGUGACAUAACCGUCUACGCCGGUACAAUAUAUUAUGCCGAUACCGUUGAAAGGCGAGUUUCACAGAUGACAAUGCAUCCUGCGAAUGGCGGAUAUAAUAAUGACAUAGCUGUAUUAAAAUUGAAAGCUUCGUUAGAGUUUAGCGAUGUCAUCGAUGCCAUACCAUUAGCUAAGAAAGAUAUACCCGACGGUGCACCAGUUAUCGUGAGUGGCUGGGGCAACGUGAACCGUUUUAGGGCUGCAUAUGUACUACAAUAUGACACGGAAUAUUCGAUAAGUCGUGCACAAUGCCUGAGGCGUUUGGGUACAUUAGGAAGCACGAUGCGGUGCAUGAGGCGGCCGCUUGGACAUGGCACUUGUAGUGGUGAUUCUGGUGGUCCGGCGGUUCAUAACGGUGAACUUAUAGGUGUGAAUUCAUAUAUUAUAAAUGAUUGCGGCCUUGGAUUUCCCGACGUGUUCACUGAUGUGGUUGCGACUAGAGCAUGGAUACUCAAAAAUAUGAAGUAAUAAAGUUGAAAAUAAAGUGAUCUUCUCGUUGAGAAAAGCUUAAAA